AAUUUUAUUCAAUUAUUUAAUAUACAUAUUUUUCAAUCAAAGUUGAGUUGACCACCAAAAAGUCAAAUUGGACGGUUAAUUUGGGACGGAGGGAUUACUACACAAAAAAGAGGUCUUUUAAGUUUGAGCCUUUCCUCGUUAAACUGCCGCUAUUUGUCGGGCAAUUCAAAACUUGAAACAAACAAGCCCCAAUUCCAGUAAACCCCAAUUGAAAAUCAAUUCAUCUGAUUCUCCGUUCACAAUUUAACACAACCCCAUUACAUUUUUCAAUCCAAAAACACCCAUAUGGAUAUUCGAAGACAAUGUGCGUGCACGGAAAAUGAGCAACUGGGUGAUCAUUUGUUGAAGAAAAGGCAAGAAAUUGUGGAUUCUCCAAAAGGGAUUUCAGACAAUCUUGACAAGACUCUGCACAAAGCUUACUCUAGUAUCUGUAACUCCAAGACCCACAUCACAAAUCUCAAGGAAUUGUCGAAAAUUAAGGGUGUUGGAAAAUGGAUAAUAAGGCUCGUGCAAGACUUUUUCGACACUGAUUCUUGUGCUUCUGAAAAUGAAGAUAUGACAAAGAAAGGAAAGGAGAAUAAGAGAAUUAGGCGCUACAUGCCUCAAAAAAAUUCAGUAGCCUACGCUUUGUUAAUUACACUUUACAGGGGAACUGCUUCUGGUGUUGAUUAUAUGCGUAAACCGGAGCUAAUUGAUGCUGCAGAAGCAAGUGGACUGUCUCGUGCCCCAAUCAUGCCAGAAAAGGGAGCAGGGAAACCUAGACAAUUUGGAAGCUCCCCUAGGGAGUGGUACAGUGGAUGGAGCUGCAUGAAGACAUUGGUUACAAAAGGUCUGGUCGUCAAAUCAAGCUGCCCUGCAAAGUAUAUGCUCACUGAAGAAGGCAAAAAGGCAGCACGUGAAUGUCUUUCAAGAUCAGGGUUGGCCACCAGUUCCUCUACAGUGGAAAGAUCUUUGGAUUUAGAUGAAAGCCAUUCGACGGAUCAGGAGAUUUCUUACAUCGAGUCAGUUCAAGAUAGUAGGCUACCUCAUGUAUCAACAGUGCAUAAGAACUCAGUUGAAGUUCCACUUGAAUCUCUUAAUAGGUUUUUGAGUAUGGGGUAUAGCAAAGAAAAGAUUCUUCUUGCAUAUUCGGAUGUCCAGAAAUCAUCACCGAACAAGAACAUCGCUUCCCUCUGGCCAGCUGUUUUAUGCCGUCUUAGAGAAACUGAGGUGUAUGGUUCAAGUUUGAAGUUUCAAAAUAAUCUGGAGUGUAACCGUCGUCCAUUGCCAAGUGAUUCUUAUAUUAAAGACGUACUUGUUGAAUAUUCAGGUCAAGUAGGCGCUAUAAAGAAUAAUACAUCAUCCGGUUCUGUUGCUGCGGGUGAAUUCUGUUUCCCAAAGUCAAAAUCUCCCACGGGCUCUUCGCAAAUAGACUCGUCGAUGAGGGGUUUCUCAACAACUGAUAGCCAAGUGCUUAAGCAGCAUAGAGAUGGGCGGCAAUUUGAAUCAAAUGUUCUAACAGUACCACCUUUGUCCUUCGGAGAAGCAUUUAAGGAUGCAUACAAUGUAAUUUUGAUCUUGGAUGACCGUGAAAAAUUCACCAUGCAAGGGUCAAAAUGUAGACAAAUCAUUGAGAACAUCUCACAAGAAUUUAAUAUUGAAAUAGAGGUUAGAAGGCUUCCUGUUGGAGAUGCCAUCUGGGUCGCGCGCCAUAAACGUUUUCGUUCUGAGUAUGUUCUUGAUUUUAUAGUUGAGCGGAAAAAGGUUGAUGACUUGCGAAGCUCAAUCAGGGAUAAUCGUUAUAGAGAUCAAAAAGUGCGGCUUUUGAGAUGUGGACUCAAGAAGAUGAUCUAUGUAGUCGAAGGUGAUCUAAAUUUUUCUGAAGCUGCUGAAAGCCUAAAAACAGCUUGUUUCACAACAGAGAUUUUAGAGGGAUUCGAUGUACAACGAACGAAGGGCUUGGGAGAUACUCUCAGGAAAUAUGGUUAUUUAACUCGAGAAAUAUCUAAUUACUACAGUCUUCUGAAUGUUAAUGACAGACAAGAUAGCCUCAAUGUCUGUACUUUUGGUGACUUUAUUAAGAGGUGCGAAGAUUUGGAUAAGAUGACAAUUAGUGAUGUAUUCGCCAUACAACUCAUGCAGGUCCCUCAGGUGACAGAGGAGGUUGCCAUGGCAGUUCUAAAUUUAUAUCCAACCGUUCUAUCCCUUGUUUGUGCAUACUCUGUUCUUGAGACAUUUCUGCUCAAGAAGAGAUGCUGAGGACGCAGACUAAUGGCAAAGUCAACGGAUCUGCGAGCAGAAAUAUAUUCCAGCUAUUUUGGGGAAAUUGAUAUGUUCCUCCAGCUGCAUUAUGGAGGAUCUGGCUUGGAUUGUAGACUUGUAGAACUCAAGGGCCAUGUAGCAAUAAAUUUCUUGUAGUGUAAUCCUAUGAUCAUAGGAUUUUCUCUUACAGAGUUUGUAAACAAAGUAGGAUAGUAGUUGUGAAUAUUGCCCACUAAUAAACUUUUUUGCUUAAAGUUUCA